AUGGACAGCCUCCGGGACGCAGGGCCCCAGCAGCGCGGGGGCUGCUGCCCUGCCCCCUGCCAGCUGGUCCCCGUCGGCUUCAGGGCCGAGGCGUGGCGGCUCUUGGUCCUGUCCGGACCCCUGCUCCUGUUCCAGAUGCUGUCCUUCAUGAUCUACGUGGUGAGCUCGGUGUUCUGCGGGCACCUGGGCAAAGUGGAGCUGGCGUCCGUGACCCUCUCCGUGGCCUUCGUCAAUGUGUGCGGCGUGUCCGUGGGCCUCGGCGUGUCCUCCGCGUGUGACACCUUGAUGUCCCAGAGCUUCGGCAGCCCCAACAAGAAGCACGUGGGGGUCAUCCUGCAGCGGGGCGCGCUCAUCCUGCUGCUCUGCUGCUUCCCCUGCUGGGCGCUCUUCCUCAACACCCAGCACAUCCUGCUGCUGCUCCGGCAGGACCCCGCCGUGUCCAGGCUGACCCACGAGUACGUGCUGAUCUUCAUGCCCGCGCUCCCGGUGAUUUUUCUUUACAACCUGCUGGCAAAAUACUUGCAAAAUCAGCAAGCCCAGGCCAGUUUUCGUUUAUUUCAGGGGAUCGUCUGGCCCCAAGUCCUCAGCGGCCUCGUGGGCAACGGCAUCAACGCCCUGGCCAACUACUUGCUGGUUUCGGUGCUGAGCCUGGGGGUCAGGGGCUCUGCCUUCGCCAACACCCUCUCCCAGUUCACACAGACCGUCUUCCUGCUGCUCCACAUCGCACUGAGGAGGCUGUACCAGGACACGUGGGCAGGCUGGUCCGUGCAGUGCCUGCAGGACUGGGGCCCCUUCUUCUCCCUGGCCCUGCCCAGCAUGCUCAUGAUCUGCAUCGAGUGGUGGGCCUACGAGAUCGGCAGCUUCCUCAUGGGCCUGCUGAGCAUGGUGGACCUCUCUGCCCAGGCCGUCAUCUACGAGGUGGCCACAGUCACCUACAUGAUCCCCAUGGGGCUCAGCAUCUCUGUCUGCGUCCGAGUGGGGACGUCCCUGGGAGCCGCGGACACCGUGCAAGCCCAGCGCUCCGCCGCCUCAGGCGUGCUCUGCACAGUUGGCACCUCGCUGGUUAUCGGCGCCCUGCUGAGCCUCCUGAAGAACCACCUGGGCUCUGUCUUCACCAGUGACGAGGAGGUCAUCGCCCUGGUGGACAAGGUCCUGCCCGUCUACAUCAUCUUCCAGCUGUUUGAGGCCGUCUGUUGUGUCUACGGCGGAGUCCUGAGAGGCACCGGCCGGCAGGCCUUCGGGGCCGUGGUGAACGCCAUCGCCUACUACGUGGUUGGCCUCCCGCUGGGCAUCGUCCUGGCCUUCGUGGUCAGACUGCGAACCAUGGGCCUCUGGCUGGGCAUGCUGACCUGCGGCGUGCUGGCGGCGGCGGCCCUGGCCGCCUACACUGCGCGGCUGGACUGGGCGCGGGCGGCGGCGGAGGCUGAGAAGUACGCGGGGCUGCCGCGGCGGCAGGGCACCCAGCACCCCGAGAGCCGGGCCCCGGGAGCCGGGCCCGAGGAAGGGGCCGUGUCUGCAGUGGCCACGGGCGCCUGCCCCGGCGUCUCCCUGACGAAGUUCUCGGGCCCCGGGCGCCCCGCGGACCUCGGGUCGGACCUCCGGGCGGACCUCGGGGCGGACCUCCAGCCGGCGGCCCCGGCCCGCCCCGCUCCCGCCCGCGGGCUGUCGGCGCGGCAGCUGGCCGUGCGCCGCGGGGCCGCGCUGGGGGCCGCGUCCGCCGCGCUGGCCGCGGGGCUGGCGGUGAGCGUCCUGGCCUCCCGGCGCUAG